CUGUCACUGUUCUUUUGCUCUGCCUUUUGGUUGGAACAUUUGAGAGCAAGAGCAACGAGCAACUGUAUGGAAAGAAGUGCCUUUUUGUGCAGAUGGGUGUGAGGUGGGACUCUGUGACACACUGUGUGGAUCCAUAACAAAUGCUGCUCAUCAUUUAGAGGACUAAAAAGGCAAGUUAUACUUGGUCCCUAUUCUGCCCUCCUCUCUCUUCCUGAAGAACCAGACAGCAAGAAGCUGUGGCAGAAAGCAGGAGAUUGCAAAAUACUUGAUAUUGAUUAUUUUGAAAUCAACAGAUUCUUGGGGAUUCCCAGUGCAAAAGGCAAACACUGAAAAGUAGAAACAAGAGCUUUAAACAUACAGAGUGGAUGUGAUUUCAUGGGUUAGCAUUUGUGCAGUAGAAGAGAGGGUUUUGGCACAUAAGUGUGACAGAUGUUUGCAAUAGGUGUGAGUGAGCUUGGAAUUUCCCAGGAAUGGGGUGAAAUGGCCAACAGCCUCUUUAGAAUCCUCUGUUCUGGUGAAAGAAAAAAAGUAGAAAUAAGAAAAAAUCCCUGAAGACUCCAAGUGAAAUGUGAAACAGAAAAAUCAGGGGGUGAGAAUUGCUAGAAGGACAAUCUCUGUGCUAGACAGGAAGACUGCAGGAAAAGAAAGGAGCAGAGAGGGAAGGAUAGAACAUUUUGUCCAGACUGUGAAAUUAUCACCCUGGGUUUUGCCACGUUCCUGUCUCAGCAGGAGGAACUGAAAUUCAGCAUGGGACCAGCAAAUGAAACAGCAGUUACUGAGUUCAUCCUAGAGGGUUUCCCAGAGCUUGAUCAAAGGCUGCAGCUGUUUCUCUCUGUGAUCCUUCUGUUCAUGUACCUGACAACAGUGACAGGGAAUGCAAUCAUCAUUUUCCUCGUGCAUGUGGAUCACCACCUGCAAACCCCCAUGUUCUUUUUCAUUAGCACUGCCUUCCUGGAAAUCUGGUUUACAUCCUCCACAAGCAUCAAACUGGUUGCCAUGCUGAGUUCUGAUCAGAAAACCAUCUCCCUGAACAGCUGCUUUGCCCAAUCCUAUUUCUAUUUUGCCCUGGGUGGCACAGAGUAUGUCCUGCUCGUUGUCAUGUCCUUUGACCGCUGUGUUGCCAUCUGUCAACCCCUGCACUACGCUGCCACCAUGCAGCCUCAGCUCUGCCUCGGCCUGGUUGUUGCUGCCUGGGUCAUCGGCUUCACCCUCCAGAGCUACCGCCUGCUCUUCCUGUCUCAGCUGUCCUUCUGUGGCUCCAACAGGAUUCCCCAUUUUCUUUGUGACAACUCCCCCUUAUUCCAACUGUCCUGCUCUGACACCAGCCUGCUUUGGAAAAUAGACACUGCUUUCAUAUCAUGUGUCGUGCUGGGUUCCUUAGGUUUAAAUCUGGCAUUUUACACCUGCAUCCUUUUCUGUAUUCUGCAGCUUCCAGCAGCCUCUGGGAGGAAGAAAAAAGCUUUUACUACCUGUUCUUCCCACCUCAUCACCUUAUCCAUUGCAUAUGGGAGCUGCAUUGCUCUCUACACGUGUCCUUCAACAGAUGCUUCCUUGAAGACCAACAGAAUUGUAGCUUUGCUGAAAGUGCUGUACCCAUUUUUAAAUCCAUUCAUCUACAGCUUUAGGAACAAGGCUGUGAUACUGGCACUGAACAAAUGCAUUGCCAGGACAAGAGGAAAGCUCUUCCCCUAGUCAUGAUUCAUUUCUGGACAUAAAUUCCAAGGAUCUGCUCUCCCAUGUUAAACAAUACCAGGGCAUAUGUUUGUAACCUCCAAAUGUGGAGGCCUCAGGAGAUUUAUGCUCUUGUCAGCUCGUGUCAGGUUAAGUGAUAAGAAGCUCAUCUGCACACCCAGAUGGGGCACUAACAGUGGUAGGAGGAGUAACAGGGCAGUUAAUGCUCUACCCUGGCUGCUCCAUCCCUGCAGAGCCAUCAGCUCACCAGGAAUCCAUCUCCAGACAGAGAGAGCACAGAGGAACAGUGGCAAGGGACAACCCAAAUUACAGGCUCCUGAGAAGGGACACCAUGUCCCAGCUCCUUCCAGGGCUGCCCUGGCAGAGCCAUC